CGAAGCCGAAGAAAAGAUCAGCGUCAUUUCCUGGAUCGGGUACAGUCAAUAACUAAAAUUUAAGUCCUAAACGCUAACCUCUGUAGUAUAAAACUGCUGCUUUUGUGCCACAUUUAAUCGAGCUUUUUUAAGAGGACAGUUAUUUUUUCGGUGAAGGAGAGCUGGCGCGCGCCUCCCGCAGUUAAAAUGAAGAAAAGGGGCUCGGAGAAAAAACGGCAUGUGGUAGCGUGGCUCAACAAAGCGGAGUGGGAUCAGGUUCUGGAGUAUCUGUACUCGAAGGACUCCUCUUUGCAGAGGUAUGCGCUGCAGAGGAUAUCGGCUUGGAGAGGGAGGUAUGCCAAUAACGCUCCCGUGGCCGUGGACUGCACAGCGGACCUGGUGCGGUGCCAGGUGCUGGAUCGGUCCGGACAGCUGAACGGAGACGAGUUGGUGUUGCUGUACGGCGCGGCCCUGGUGAGAUUUGUGAAUCUGAUCACGGAGCGGCAGCAGGGGAGAACGGCCCGGCCGCUGAGGAGGCUGGCUGGGAACUUAAACAUUCCAGAGUGGGUGGUGAACCUGAGGCAUGAUAUCACGCAUAGGAAGCUUCCUACUUUGAAAUGGUGCCGAAAGGGCUGUAAGGUGGUCCUGGAUUGGCUCCAGCAGGAGUUCUGGUCCAGGCAGUUGGGAGGAGGCCCCGAUGAGGGCUGGGAGUCGCAUUCGGAUGGAGAGGAUGAGGAAGCUGACCUAAAGCGGCAGGAGGAUGAGCUCAUAGCAAAGCAGAAAGAAAUGGAAGCCUACCGAAAAGCUCGGGAUCUGCUGAUAUCUUACGAGAAGGAGCAGUACCAGGCUUUUGAUGAUGGGUCUCCUGAGGACAAGGAGAAGACCUUGUUGCAGGCCCCGUUUGCAGACAUGAGCUGGUUGCUGGGUGAGAUAAAGCAGUUUGCGUUGGAGUCCAGUGAUCUGUUGAUUGAUGUGUUGAUGGAGGAUGGAUUUCUGGUUCCUACUGUGGAGCAGCUGAAAACAUUAGGCUGCGACACCUCUGACAGCGCCAGUCCCACUGAACCCAGAGUCCCUCAAACCUUCCUGCGCUUUUGGCUGCCCCUGCUAAAGAUGCUCAACUCACCAUCUUUCAUCCACCUUUUCCUGGAGAAGCUUUUUGUCGAACAGAAGCUGCUCACCAAAGAGCUCAACAGUCACAGGUCUUUCUACAUUUCGGCCUGGACUUCAGAAGUCCUCCUCUGCAACAGCAACAAAUUUGAGUACCAUUUUGAGACAAAGGUACAGAAGAAAGCCAGAAUGAAGGACAGGAUUUUUGUCAACCGCAUCCAGCUGAGGUGGCAGCAGCUGCUCUCAGCAUGUUUGGAUGCCCCCUGCAUUAGCACACCUCACCUGCUCCAGUUAAUCCUGGAUGACAUGGAGCAUCCCCUCCCUCUGGAAACUCGAGGGAGGCUGCUCCAGCUCUGCACCAUCUACACACAGACAGCAUGCUCAGAGGUCAGCACAUCUCUGCAGCAGAAGCAGCAGCAGCCCAUAUACACUCUGGAGAGUUUGCACGAGAAGAUGCAGCAGUCUCGCCAGCAUGGCCAUCCCUUGCAUUCCUCAGUGGUGGACUCGGAGAGAAGCGAGGAGCACAGAUGGGCAGACGUGCAGGCUGAAAGAGCAUUGUCCCUCAGAGGUUCUCCGUGGCAGGUGUGUACUGAUAAAAUUUUGUGGAAGAACUAUCCUCUUGGUAAAGUGCCUGGACAGUCAGACGACCCCUCGUGCCUCAUGGUGGAGAAUUACUCAACAGUGACUGUGUUUGACCAGCCAGUGGAGCUGGAGAGCAGCGCAACGCGUAGCAGCAUCCCCGGGGCCUCGGCACCAGCCCGGACCGCCGAGGGCGUCCUCUGGAACAACAGCGACGUAAACAAGCUGAAUGUGGACUGCAGCUUUUCUGAGUUUUUUCAAAUGCUGAGACAUGUCGACCUUUACACACUGACUCAUGUUUUUGUGCCACGUGCAGUUUUGAAGCAGAAAUAAAAUGUUCAAAAGAAAAAAAUGUUCUAAGUGAUUUAACAACGUGAUUUGAUUAAUCAACAUAUGGCUGAAACCUGUAAUUCAUUUCAGUGAUUCAUUGUGUUUUGAUGUCUUCAGCUGCCAUAUUUUUUCAUAUAACACCCAAAAUAACUGUUUACCAGAGGAGCAUCAUAUCUUCAUUUGCAUGAAGAUGGAUUCAGCAGCUGUUUCUUGUUGUCAAAACUUUAAAAAAAAAAAGCUAAUUUGAUUAAUUGGGCUAGAAUGCCAAACGUUUAGUGGUUCAAGCUCCAUAAAUUUGAGGAUCUGCUGCUUUUUCUGUUGAAUCGACUCAGAGUGUCAUUUUAGACCUCUUCACAAGCAGGAAGCUUUUUGCAAGUAUCUGACAUUUAGAGACAAAACGGUACAUAAUUGAAUCCAAAAAGAUAAUAAUGUGGUUAACUGACACUGAGAUUAUGUCAUCGUCUGAACCAAUUGGAAGCCUUUAUGUUGGAUACUUUGUUUAUAUUUUUAGUAUGUGUCAAAGAAAAAAAGUGAAACUUUGUGGCGCCUGUUCCAGGAAAACAGUUUGACAUGAAAAACUUUGUUUAAAUGUCAGCACAGCUGAUCAGAGUUAGUUCCACCAAAUAUGAGUAUAUUCACCUUUAGUUAAAUGUGUGUGUCCACUAUGAUCAGUGGAUUUCCAGUACUAGGAUUCACCAUGGCAACAGGUAAAUAAACAAUAGAACCUCCAUUUGAUUCCAGAGGAGCUGAAAUAUGAACGUGCAUCAAUGCAGAGCAUCAGCAGGAGAAAUGAUCUGCAAACAAAAACUAGUUAACAGGAACACAUUCAGGGCAGUCUGCUCAUUAUGAUUUAGUCAGCUUGAGUUUGACUCAGUAGGUGAUAAAGCUGAAAUCUGCCUUAUAGGCAAAAAUACGCACA